AUGGUUGAGAAGGACAUUGACGAGGACUUGACUAAACCUGAGAUUGUUGCUAGUUCUGGGUACUCUGCAAGUGAUGCUGACCACAUUUUAAACGAGACACAUGAGCAUGGCAGUUUUGAUGACAGUCAACAAGUGGAGCCUCAGCUGGAUUCAGUUGGUGAUGAGAUGGUGCCGUUUCGUGCCAUUGAUCUGAUUGGAGCUGCGGACAGCUAUGCACCAUUUAGGCCUCCACCUCAGUAUGAUCAGCAUCUGCCUUGUGAUGUACCUGAAACGGAGCAACACUUGUUUGGACCCCCUGGACCUGUUUCUGAAGUCAAUCAUGGGUCUGAUGUUCACGAGUCUGUGGAAAUUGGCAGUGCAGAUUCAGUUGUGCUUGUUGAGAAUUACGCUGACGAGCUGUCAGAGCCUUUGGAAGAUCAGCCUAUGUCCGGACCUGUGGUGCCAACUCAGGCUUGGAAUGAAAUGGUUGCACAUGGUUUUGCACAGUUUAGGCAAAUACCUGAGUCACUCUUGUUUCCUUGGGAGCAGGGACCGAUGGCUGCUGUUUUCAACUUCGAUGCUGACCCCUUGCCACAAUGUUUGGGGAUUGCUGAAACAGAGCGAACAGUUGGUGCCGACACCUCAGAUCCUUUGCAGAACCAUUUGAAGGGUUUCCUACUGCCUGAUGAUGCAAAGUACGUGCAUGCUGUCAAAAGCAUACAGGAUAUGAAUUACUUUGACAACAAGUCUCAGCAGUUGGAGUUAGCAUGCAGUCAAUGGUUGCGCAUCCUUUCAGUACAGUGGAGUGCAUCGGGUGUUGGGCCUCAGCUUGCGGCGGCCUUACAGAAAGAUAGUGCAGGCACUGACAGUAUUUUGGGCUCACGAAGAUUGCUAGGCCUCUCGGCCUUGGAACGCAAGGCAAAGGGCCCUACAGUUCAGGCUCCUGGGCUCCAGCCUGAGCAUAUUAGGCGUUUGCAUGAGGUGUUGCACACUUCUUCAAACUUGAUUGACAAACUGGGAGCUGGUUGCUUUUUGGUGUGCUUGUAUGGACGUGCAAGAUGGAGUGACAUGCGAUUUGUGAGCCAUGUGCAGCUGGAAGAUGGAGAGUUUGUCACCUUUUACACCACUGAACACAAGACUGCUUCAGUGGGCUUGCGGAGGGAACAGUAUCUACCCAUAGUUAUUCCAUGGAGUGGCAUUUGCAAUGAUGACUGGGUGCGUGAGUGGCUUAAGGUAUACCACCAAGUUGGCUUGGACAUUUACAAGCGACCGCUGGGGCCAUUGCUACCAGCACCCAGGAUUGAUGGGUCUUUCUGCGCAAGGCCUCUGACCACGCCAGAGGCAGCUACGUGGUUGAGAGCCCUGCUUCAGGGGACCAGUGAAAGUGAGACUUUCAGAAGUCAUUCACUCAAAGCUACACUCCUCAUUUGGCGUGCCAGGGCUGGAUUUGAUAGAGAGACCAGAGCAGUACUUGGGCAUCAUUGUAGCGCUGUGAGUGGCUCUGAAGUAGUUUAUAGCAGACAGCUGCAGACACGUGCUUUGAGGAAGCUUGCAUUGGUGCUUCGACGGGUGCGGGCAGGUCUGAACAUCGAAGAUGAGGCCAUGAAAGAGUAUGGCAUCAUCAGCACGCCGGCGCCAUUUACCCUGGUGGCUGCAGCCAGGACACCCAUGGCACCUGUGCCUGUUGCUCUGCCCCAGUCAGUGGGGCCUCAGCAAGAGACUGUCGACAAGGAGGCAGUGGACAAUGCCGUUUCAAGCGCUCUUCAGUUGGAGGAGCUUCAGAGUGUCAAAGAGGAGGACUUGGACCAGUCGACAUUGGAGCAGGAGGUCUUUGCCAAUGUAACCUCGGGGCAGCUGGAUCCCAAUGGCAUCUACACCUUCAAAGUGACCUACAAGGGCCGUGUGGGUUACGUCGUGGUGGAUGACAUUGUCCCAGGAAUUCCUGGCAGUCCACUGGGAGCGUAUCCUGCCCAUGGCACCAUCUGGAUCAGCCUUCUAGAGAAGAUGACAGCCAAGCUCUCGGACACAAACUAUGAGAUGAUGAAGGGCCAUGGCAACCGCUAUGAUGCGGGCCUGGAGAUCAGAACGGGGAUGGACAUGGUCUGUUUGAUGUAUGGGGGUCAUACCUUAUCAGUGAGUACCCCUGAGUCCAAUGAUGUGAAAUUCGUGGACUUCAUUGAGUUCCUCAUCCAGGAACCCCUGACGGUCAUCACCUGUUGUCCCAAGAACCCCAAGAGGGGUGAUGGCCUCAUUGCGCAUCAUGCCUAUGGAGUUGUUGGCAUGUGCACUGUGGAUGAUAUCCAGCUGGUGAAGCUGCAAAACCCUUGGGGCCAUGCGGAAUGGACAGGUGACUGGUCCGACAAAUCCACAAAGUGGGAGGAACAUCCACAAGUGGCUGAGAUGCUGAUGUUCAACCCUGAAGAUCAAGGCAGCUUCUAUAUUUCCCGCCAAGAUUUCGUGGAAAAUUUCACCAGCUUCCUAUACAAUCGCAUCACCCCUCUGCGAGCUGCAGAUGAUGAUGGCACUGAGGAUUGGGAUUCCAUGCUUGGCGAGUAUUCAAAUGGCACAGACAAGUCUGUACUGAUGAAAAGGGACGGAAUUCCCUUUUUGGAGUCUGAUGCCUACGGACCAAUUCAUUACUGUCGCUCCAAGUACAAGUUGGAGCUGAACAUGAAGAAACCCUGUGGUCCGGGCACGGCACAUCUCUACAAGAAGAGCGAUGGCAGUCCUUUGGGCUACUCAGCUGGACUAGGCGAUUUCAAUUGGUAUGUGGGCCCAGCUCAGUCUGCCCCAGAGGAGGGGAUCUAUGAGAAGAAGUACCGCUUGAACAAGGUUGGAGGCUUGUUCAUCAACAUGCGCGAGUGGGAGACGAGCGAGAAAGCUUUGCACUGGCGUGGGGUCUGGACAAGUGAUGAGGGCGAGUCCAUGUCCUUCAAAGGUGAUUCCAUGUCUUCUCUUCAAGUGGAGUAUGCUGGAAAGAGCUAUAGCCUCCAGGCUGUCAUGUGCGAUGGCUUUGCCAUGUUUGUGCCUCACGACUACAUGGUCUAUGUGAACGUGAACAAGGUGCAGCGUUUCAGGAGGGAGAUCCAGCUACGGGUGGAGGAUGGUGAAGACAAGAUCUUCAAAUUUGAUGUGGAUGCCAGUGGUGUAGAUAGUAAAUAUUGGACGGAAGAAGAGGAGAAAUUGGAAAGCUGA